AUGCCAAGUAUUUUUAUGUGGCGAAAACAUCACCUUAAAUAUAACACGACUGAAAAUAGUCUCAUUCAUCACUCAAUGGCUACAAACACACCAGCGCCGUCACAACAGCAGCAGCGAGUCAGUGUGUACGCUAGUUUAAGCGCGCGCACGAUACAGACGACGUUAAAGUAUGGCUUACACCAAACUGAUCGGGAAUAUUCGGGUACGAAUCCAGCCAAUCCUAUCAUAGAACAGAUUUAUGGCGAUGCAGAAAAGUGGAUACCAGAAAUUCUCAGUUCUGCGAAGAAUACCAAACCUAAUGGCCGAUUUGUGCUCAAUUUAUAUCGUAUUUCCUCAUCCGAUUUUGAGAUCACACCGGUUCGUUGCUCGGCCGACGUGGAACAAAACUCCUUGGUCGAGAUUAUCUUAGUACCGGUCGAGUCCGAUGAUAGACCUCAUUGUCUAUACGAAUGUCAAUUUCAUGUGCCGACAUUCUGUGCGAAGUGCACACGUUUUAUUGCAGGUCUUUACAAGCAAGGAUACCGCUGCAGCAAAUGUCGGCUUGCAUUCCACAAAGACUGUGCACCAUUUCUUGAAGAUGACUGCCCAGUCGCCGAAAAUCAAAAUCAGAAUAAUAAAGCUGCAAAAGCAGUGCCCGUGUUGUUGAUUAUCAAUCCCUUUCCUCGAAACUCUGUCUCGGCAGAUACACCCAAGUCGGCUCGUAAUCUCAUACCCUCUGUCAAAGAAGCAUCGGCGGAUAUUAGUUCUGUUACCAUUAUUGAUAAAGGUAUCUUCCCAGCCUGCAUUCGUAAUACAAAUAACUAUAGACGAUACCUGUUUCGUCUAACACCAAGCGCAAUAAGUAUGUCAACAAAUUUAUCAACGAAACAUGUGGCCGGCGACAAGAUAAUCCCAAGUAACGAUGACCUGGUAUUCUCUUUCGUUGAUAUCCAAGAUCUGGUUCUGACCGAUCGAAUGCCGCACAGUGACAGUAUAUUUGAAAUUCACAUACGUAACAAGUUUAUCAUCAGUGUUGGGAAGAAAACAGACUCAGGAGGGUUACAAAUGGAAACAGCUCAAUUCUAUAUGUCCAUUCGAGAUCAAUGGGAAGCAUCGAUAAAUUCGUCUUCAGCAUCUUCGGCUGCGUCAACAUCGACUAACAAUUCAACACCUAGGACAACUAGUCCAAAGUCAGAUGUCGAUCGUCCACGUAAGCUACAGGUUACGAAAAGUAUCUUUCAACUCGGAGAAGCAGAACUGCACGAUCGCUAUAUAUUAACUGGAGAAAAAAUUGGGCAGGGUGCCUUUGGACGAGUAGUUGGAGCUAUAAAAAAAGCAACUAAAGAGCCGCGAGCUGUGAAAAUUAUUGAAAAAGACAACUGCAGUGAGCAAGAAAUCAAACGAAUCAAUGAUGAGGUUCAACAUUUAUACACAUUCAAUCAUAUAAAUAUUCUCAAAUUGGAAGCCUAUUACGAACGUCACAAUGCUCUCUAUAUCGUUACUGAGCGUUUGCAGACGGACAUGUGUGAAUACAUAACGAAGCAACAAAAUGGCUACCUCGACGAAGAAGGAGCCAAAAUGCUCAUCUAUCAGGUCAUCGUCGCGUUAAGAUAUCUUCAUGAUAAUGAAUGUACUCAUUUGGACAUCAAAUGUGAAAAUAUCCUUCUAUGUUUACUUAAACCGGUACCACUGACGAACGGUCAGCAAAUGCCAAAUGGCAUCGAUCAUCGUCGCGACUUCCCUCUUGUUAAACUAGCUGAUUUCGGGUACUCGAGAGUCAUCGGAGAACACUCUUUUCGUAAAACAUUUGCGGGCACGAAAGUUUACAGUCCUCCUGAAAUGCACAAUCCAAAACCUGGCUAUAAUCGAUUAGCUGAUAUGUGGAGUGCAGGUGUCGUCAUGUAUGCUGCUCUAUCUGGUACUCUACCGUUUUCUGAGAAAGAUUGUUCUAAUUAUAACAAAAUUAUCGAACAAAGAAAAGCCAUUUUUCACGAUGAACGCUGGGCCUAUGUGUCCGACUUCGCUCAAGAUCUCAUCGAUAAACACCUCUUAGUAGUUGACAUUAACUUACGUGCUAAAUCAAAUACUGUUCUUUUUCACGAUUGGUUUACAGAUCCACAAUUGUAUAGAGAUCUACGUGAAAUCGAACGACGAGCAAGCCAUCACGUAGGUGAUCACCAAGAAAUCAGCCCCUCGCCGAGAUGGCUGACAACACAACGAAAUGACCCUGUCUGGAAAGCAUAUCAAACACAAUAA